GGGCCAAACUGAUAAGCAGUCAUAUGUUACACCAUACAGUACAUGUAUGCAAGUAUGUUAUUCAUAAUCACGUUAUGUAAAAUGUACAUAUACACAGUAAUACUACAAAUACAUGACUCUAACCUUUCUCUAUGAUACAGUUUGUAGUAUCACUACAUUAAAGCACAAGUUGUACUACAGGCAUAAAGCUUUACUUGUAAAAGUUUUGUAACAUUUCUUUUUGUGAAUAAAAAGGACGUGGUUGCCCUGCGCCCCCAUCUCUUCUCUGGAGAUAGACAGAAAAGGUGGGGCUAAAGGGAAGCCAGACUGGAGGGGCACACGCUGUAUGAUAGUUUCUUAUCCACCACACUCAUUGGAAACAAUGUUUAUCGGCUAAAUCUGAACAGCGUUUUUGCUUUGUUGUUAUUGGUUUCUUUUAGUAGCUUGUUUUUUAGUAACAUCGCAGACUUUCACAGGUUCCGAUGUGUCCACGCAGGCAGUGAACCUGGUUGAAGCCACAUUAUGACUGAAUUAGAAGCCAUGGGGGCAGGGACGCCUCCACCCUACAUAAUGUUUCUGGUGGUCUUCCUUUUCUUUCUUACGGGACUGCUGGGCUUCCUAAUCUGCCACCUCUUGAAGAAGAAGGGCUAUCACUGUCGAACAGACGUGGGGGAUGAGGAGGAGGAGGAGGAGGAGAAGCUAGGAGAAAAUGCAGAUGAUGAGGAUGAAGAGAACCAGGACACGGUGGAGCAGAUCCUUAAAUGUAUCAUACAAAAUGAAGCAAAUAUGGAAGCCUUCAAUGAGAUGUUGGGAAACCAUAAAGUCUGCGUACGUCAUGACCCCAGGUUGCGUAAGGAGUCCAUUGGUGGUAUUCCUCCCCAUCUCCACACAGUUCACUCAGGCACCGACCACAACUCCUGCCACCUCUGUGCCCAGAUUAAAUCUAAAAAAGGCCGCAGACAAAGCAGAACCCUACGUGCCAAGCAACGACCUGGGGAACAGACUGUCUUCUCUGUUGGCAGGUUCCGAGUGACACACACUGAUAAAAAGUCUCAUGGUGGUCCAAGUCCAUUGGCCAUUUCAGGGGACCAGCUGGACCAAUCCCAAGACAGCGAUGAUAGGAAAGAUGGCGGAUACAACCUGAGAAGCAUGUUUAAGGAAGUCCGCCGACCUUCAGAAAGUGCCAGUGGAGUAUCUGCAAAUGUGGGAAGAAGAAAAAAGAGUGUGACUAUAUUUGGGCUAAGGCGGGGCAGUGACCCUGUAGGUAUGAAGGUAGGGGAGGAGACGGGCAAAGAUAUUGGAGGGGUUAAAUUUUCUGUUCAGCAGCAACCUGUAGUGCUGGAAGAGCCCGUGCCUGUUAAGAACACUAAAGUUGAUCUUCAGCGUGGCACUAAAUCUGAUUCCAUACUUGAGACUGAGCUACAACAGGAGAACAAAACAUCAAGUUCUCUUAAUUCUCCUUCUUCCCAGAUUAAAACUCUGCUCAAUCCUGAACCUUGUAAAAAGAUCCAGUCUUCAUCCGGGAGUACAGUUGCUUCUGCCCCAAGUUCUCUUCCUAUUCCAUCUGAGAAGGGAGUAAAUGUUGAGGGUCAGUGGAUAAAACCUGAAGAGGCAUAUGAGUUUGGUCCACUGCAGACAUCUACACCCAUUGUACCUAUGCCCACAUCAAUUCCAGGUUUCACUUCUGUCACUCAUACUGGUCAGCUUGACGCCUGCUCCAGGACAGGUUCUCAGCUUAUUCAAGACCUAAGCUCUGGUUCAGAUAUGGAACCAGGUUUAACCCUAGAUUCAUCCCCUUCAUCUUCCUUCCCAAUCAAGACGCCAUCUUCAGUUUCUUCAUUAAAAACUCCUACAUCCCCCCUAGCAGGGGCAGCAAGUCCCAAAGUUGGCUCAAAAAAUAUGCCACCAGAAGCUGUAAAAGGAGAACUUCCUCAUGUCCUCACACCAAGCCCGAAACUCCCACUUCACCAAGAAAUGUCUAGCCAAUCACCUGUUUCCUAUUCAUCCUUUAGACAAACUUAUAGUCCAUCACAAGCCCGGGCUCCGGAGAGAGAGCUUGAAGGCACCACAAUGCCCAAAGCUGAAGAAAAAUUAGAAUUUAAGAGACCUGGAAUUCUAAAAAAAAAUAAACUGUCACCAGUUGCAGCAGGGGAGUCUAAAAGCUCUGCCCUUUCAUCUUCACCUGAACAACUUUUUAAAGACAGAUCAAGCAGUUUGCCUUUGUCACCUUCUAGCCUGUCUCCCUCCUCACCUCAAGGUGGCAGAAUAAGUAGUGUGACCAUUGUUAAAGCCAGUCCUGACAGCCAGAGGGAGUUCUCUGUUGUCACAAUGGUGGAAGAAGAGAAGUCAACCACUAACGACCAGAAAGAAGACGAUUAUGAACUUGGAGCUGAAACAGACAAGAGGGUUAUCAGAUCGGCUGAAGGAGAAGAUUUUGUACCAGGUGCUAGACAACCUGAGAGCCAGAGCAGAAAAACUUCUGGUGUAGAGGUUAUCCCGUCUUUGAGUCAAGAGAAGGAGGACAUGAUGGAAAUGGAAGAUAUUAGAGACUGCAAGGUGAUGCAGGUGGAAGGAGCACAGUUAAUGGAGGAAGAAGUGGAGCUGAAGAUGGAAAAGGACUGACAGCUGAAGUCACAAAGUGGUGAAAAGUUAAGUGUCCAGUGCUGAUCUAAAGAAAGUGACUGUUGCCACCACUGAGUAGAAUAAGGCAUUCUUAUAAAAUAACCAUGAGCAUAUUUUUAAUUAUUAACUGGUUACACUGUAGGGGGACUGGACUGGAUGCUUGAUUGAAAAGCCAUCCACACAAAUUUCAAAUUGUCUUUAUAUAAUGGAUAACCACUCUUCAGUUCACACUUUGGUCCAUACUAAGCACUUCAGUACCAAAUAUCCCCAAAUGAUGGGAAUCCUCUAAGCUCUACACACUUUCUCACAGCCGGAGCUUUUUCAAAGUUCUGGGAACCGAUGGAGGAACCUUUUACUGCGUAGCUAAAAAUUCAAGUUAUUAGAUCUGUUUUUGGGCUGUGUGUAAGAGUAGGACAUAAGUGAAGCAAACAUACAGUGAUUUGUCCAGAUAUAGUUUGGUCAAUCACAUGAAUGUAGAUCUGGCAAAAUAUUACCAUACAAACAACAGUUUUAACAUGAGCCCUAAAAAUGGACUCAAAACUCUCAAAGUGUUUUUCCACAAAGUUGUUUAGAUAUAAAUUGGAUGGAUCAGUCAUUGAGUCAAUCUUUUACAGACAUUCAUUCUGAAUGAAUCUCAAUACCUCUGGUGAUCUUGAAUGAAAUUUCUGUAUCUUUUAGAAUGAUUGCAUUGACAUUUUUUGACAUUUCAUCAAGUUUUUCUCGAGAUGCAUCUCAAUAACUUUUUGUCUAGCUCCACGAUCACGUCAAAAUUAUUAUUCUUUCCCACAUGCUGGUUUAUUACAGAGCCCCACAAGGGACAUUGGAGAAAAAAAACGGAGAUGAACUUUUGCGAGAUCUCGCGAAAUAGGCCGCAUCCUUCAGAGGUCGCCAGCUCGAAGCUGACCGUGAGGUCGAGGCACAGUGUGCCGGGAGUAUGGUCCUCCCCCCGGCUCUAGUAAGCCUCGACCUCGCGGUCAGGUUCAAGCCGGUGGGUAACAGAUGUCUUCGAAAACGUCGGAGCGCUUUUGCAAAUAUGUGAUGUCUUGAUAAACCGAGCAGAUGUUUGAAGUUUACACAGCUACAUUCUUGCCUCAAAAUAUCUUAG